CUGCAAAGAUGGCAGAAACCCAAGAAAUUGAUCUGAUCAAUCGUGAUCCAAACAACAUGUAUGACUACAUGACGGUGGAUUUUUUGGAAGUCUUCGCCGAGCCAGACCAAACCCACAGUGCAGAUUGCGUUUGGAGGAACUCCUUCAAGUGCUUCACCUGUGGCAAGAACCUUUGCUACAAGAUUCUCACCUUCCUGUGCGGCAUCUUCGUCGCCCUGUGCUGGGGGUGUGAGUUCGCCGGUAUCGCUUUCAGCCACAUCUGGUAUUUCACCCCGUUGUACAAGGCUUGCGAAAUCAACUUGGGCUGCUUCAAGAAGUUCUACACCACCUGCAUCCACUGUCUGUGUGAUCCAAUGUGUGAAGCCUGCAGCUUGUUCUUCGCAGCGUUCAAAAAGUAGCGACAGACGAGGACUGUCGUCACAGGAACCAACAGCCGAAUGGCCAGCGCUGACUCUAUGUUCAUCUGGGUCGGCCGGUAUCGUUUUAAACCUUAAACUAUACUGCCAGAUGACCUGUGUUACUGUGAUGUAGAGUGUUCGUUUUGAUCGUGGUCUUUAAACUAGCUAGUGGUGUUGUCUUUUUUAACCGGCUCUCAUUAUCAACACGUAUAUGUACAUACAAUUUAAUGUCAAUUUAUUAAACUUUUGAGCCCUACGGAUGUGCAUACAAAUGUAUUUGCCACAAUGACAUACGUGACAAUAGGUAGUCAAUAUUUGGUACCCCGGUAUGUGACUCAAUCACACAAAAACCAAAACAUUUACACCAAAACUAAGAAAACGCAACUUUGUGUCCUCAAUAUUGUAAUAUACAUUUCACUCUCAUUGAUAUUAUGCAAGUGUUGUUGCAAAAUUAUUUCUUUCAAAAUUUACUUUUUCUCUU